AUGGCUAACCCAGAAGUAAUAAUUAUCGGUGCCGGGCCAUCGGGGAUUGCCCUCGCACAUACUCUGAAACACAAGCUGGGAUUUGAGGAUUUCACGUUCUAUGACAAGCUUGAUGGUCCUGGCGGGACAUGGCGACAAAAUACUUACCCAGGAGUAGGUUGCGAUGUACCAACCCUUCUUUAUUCUUUUUCGUUCAAUCAAAACCCAAAUUGGUCGAAAGAGCUUUGCGAAGGGCCGGAGAUCCUUGAAUACAUGGAGGCAACCGUGGACAAAUUUGAAUUACGAAAGCACAUGCAGUUUGGUGUUGAAUGUAUUUCCGCAUCUUGGAACGCUCAAGGCUUCUGGGAGGUUAAGCUUCUUGACGUGAAAACGCAGAUCACCUACACCAGGACUGCUACUAUCUUCAUCUCUGCCGUCGGUGGAAUCUCAAAGCCACGGGAUAUCAAGUUUCCUGGAUUGGAACAGUUCGAUGGUGAAGUCUUCCAUACAGCAAGAUGGAAUCAUAGCUUUGAUUAUCGUGGAAAGCGAGUCGCUGUUAUUGGAAAUGGUUGUAGUGCAGCUCAAGUGGUGCCAAAACUUGCUGAGAAGACUGUGCAUCUGAAGCAAUAUGCUCGAAGUGCUCAGUGGUACCACGAAAGGCCUAACCGCAACUUUACGGCUUUCGAGAAGUGGUGCCUGCGGAACAUUCCACUCUGGGAACGUUACUUGCGCUUGCGCCUGUUUAUUACUAGUGAUAGCCUUGUGGCUACCUAUCUCCCGGGUAUUGCAGCUGAGAAGGCUCGCGCAAAAGCUGAAAGCGGCGCACGCAAGUACAUUUACGAGACUGCGCCCAAGAAGUACCACAAAGUUCUUGUACCUGAUUUCCCUCUUGGUUGCAAGCGUCGCAUCUUUGACCCAAAUUACUUGCAGAGCCUUCAUCGCAAGAAUGUAGAGUUGGCUCCUGUGGGAAUCGAGAAUAUUGACGAGAAGGGUAUCACUGGCACAGAUGGCGUCAGGACCGAGUUUGAUGCUAUUGUGCUAGCUACAGGAUUCGAUGUGCAGCAGUUUGUUGUCCCUAUGGAGGUGUAUGGUAAGGACGGGAAAAGCCUGUCGCAGCAAUGGGCGGAGUCUCGUGGUGCACAGGCGUAUAUGGGAAUUUAUGUGCACAACUUCCCAAAUUUCGGUUUGCUCUUCGGUCCCAAUACAUUCCCAGCACACAACUCGGUUCUCUUCGCUUCAGAGGUUCAGGUAGAGUAUCUUGCUCGAACUUUACUAGCACCAAUUAUCGAUCGUCGAAUUUCAUCGCUUGAGGUUAAGCCGACUGCUGAGUACCAGUGGGUUAAUUCUCUGCAAACCGAGCUGAAAGGAAGCGUUUUCGAGGCAGGGUGUUCGAAUUGGUACAUCAAUCCACAUGGGCGAAACUCUGCGUCUUGGCCAGGAUACGCGUCAACAUACUGGAAGGAAUCUCUAAAGCCCCAGAUUGGUGUGUUUAGAGAAGUGCGCGACUCAAAGCUAUGGUUCUUCAACACAAUGUGGCGUUGGAUUAGGAGCACAAAGAAGGAAACCUACGGUAUACUUUUCCUUGCUCUUACGGGCCUGCUGUGGCAUCAGAAAGGAUCGCCAGCCUAUGAGCUACCGCAGCUAUAUCACAAGCUUGUAUCUUCAGCUUGA